CUCAAAGGGUUACCGAGCAGCUGGAAGGCAUCCAUGCUUUAGAUCUGAGUUCACUUGCUGACAUGAAAAACCUGAAGCCAUCUUCUGAUCCCAGCUAGAGCAACGAAAGUAGGGUCAUUCCUUCAGUUGGGACUUAGCAUCCUACAGAGAAAGACUCCAGUAACUCCGGGUGCACCAUGGUAGUGCAGAACAAUCUGGACAUUGGGGAUACUAGGAAAGGGAUCCCGCUGGAGCCGUUUGUCCACCAAGUUGGAGGCCACAUGAGCAUGAUGAAGUAUGAUGAUCACACCGUCUGCAAGCCCUUGGUCUCCCAGGAGCAAUGGUUCUAUGAGUCGCUCCCCAUGGCGAUGAAACGAUUCACACCUCAGUACAAAGGUAUUAUUUCUGUACACCUCAAGAAGGACAGCAUGGGCAAUUUGAGCCUCAUAGCCUGCUCACAAACAGAUAACCACAAUUCCUUUGAUAAUACUUCAAAGGAGUGUCCAAUGACGAUAUGGCAGAAGCUCAACCAGGCAAACACCAGCAGUGGUGGCCACACAUGUGUCAAAUGGAAUCAUGACCUACGCACAAAUGCCAUUCAAGACAGCUGCCAAGGGAAAGCACUAUUGCAAACAGACCUCCAACACCACAGAGAGGUGUCUUCACUUAUGGAGGAUGCCAAUGGGAACCAGGCAGAAAAGAACAGCUAUAACCCCUGGGGACUGCACUGCCACAAACAGCAUUUGAACCGCAUGUCUUCCAAGUAUAAUGAGAACAAACCUCAUCAAUUUCUAUUGCUUGAAAAUGUGGUAUCCAAGUAUAAAUUCCCAUGCAUUCUGGACUUGAAGAUGGGAACCAGGCAACAUGGUGACGAUGCAUCAGAAGAGAAGAAAGCGCGCCAAAUAAAGAAAUGUGAACAGAGUACAUCAGCAUCCCUUGGAGUCCGUAUUUGUGGCAUGCAGGUUUACCAGGCAGACACUGUCCAGUAUCUCUGCAAAGAUAAGUAUUAUGGACGGAAGCUCUCACCUGAUGGCUUCAGACAGGCGCUCUUCCAGUUCCUUCAUAACGGGAUUCACCUCAGAACAGACCUUGUGGAACCCAUUGUGGCUCAGCUGAAGGCUCUGCUAUCCGUCAUCAAAAAACAGAGCUCUUACCGAUUCUACUCCAGCUCGCUUCUCAUAAACUAUGAGGGACUGGAGAAAGCAAUGCCUUCGGACAAUCACCCUCAGGGGCACUGUCAAAAUAUUAGCUGCCCUGUUUCACAUGGAAACGGUCACCCAAAAGUCGCUGUCCACAUGAUAGACUUUGCACAUACAACCUACAAAGGCUCACGGUAUAAUCAGACUGUCUAUGAUGGACCAGAUCAUGGCUAUAUUUUUGGCCUAGAAAACCUAAUAAAAAUUAUUCAGAGUAUCCCAGUGGGAGAAUGACAACCACUGAGCUGACAAGAGACUUUAUGGUUGUAAAAGGCAGAAACCUGCACAUCGGGCCAAUAAUAGGAAGUCCUCUGAAGCAACUACAUCACAUGCACUGUUUGGGAAGACUGAAGUAGAUAACUUGCUAGGAAAAGUUCAGAUGAUGCUACAUGCCACUGUGGACUGGACAGAAUCCAUCAUACCUGUGAUCUGUCAGAAUGUCAGAAGGUUGUUUUCCUUUCUGGUUUUGACAUUGCCCAUUCAUAUCAUGUAUGAGCUAGAAGAAAAUGUUACUUGAAAGGAACGUUAGGCGUUAAGGUCUUGUUCAUCCAGCAUCACUCAGACUUGCAAGGCCAACAGGGGCCAAAUAGAUAUUGUGUUUGUGAAAAGGAUUAUGUAGCUACGCUGGUGGCAGGUCCUUAAAAACCUGCAGCUUUACAUUUUAAUUCACUCAGUUUUAUGAGCCAAGGACUUUCAGUUACCCGAUCAAGAUGACAACCGCUGUCCACAAGCUCAGCCACCUAAUACAAGCCCUUUAAAAACAUGACUGCACAUUAAUUUCUUGAUCCAUUGUAUUCCGUACCAGGGUAUGCAGUAAGGUAUUCUCCAAGGAAUGUACAUGACAGCCUAAAAGAGUACAAUAAAAACCAAAAUUUGAAGCAGGCAGGUGCCAGAUAGCCCCUCCCAGAAUAAAUGGAAGAGCUGGAAAAGAACUUAUUAACGCAGUGUGCAAAAUCUGUGAAAAAUAGCAGUCAUGAAGGGAUUCAAAUCUGGCAUUUUAAACUGGAGAGACUUUGUCCGAGGAACUAGACAGACCUUGAAGGUAUGAGUGCACAGAUACCAGGCUUAGGGCCCAAGUGUCAUCUAGAAGUUUUAUGUUACAUUUCUGUGCCAAUAUACAUCAGUUGCUAGGGAACUUGGGUGGGAGGGUGCUGUUGCACUGUGGCCUGCUGUGGGUCCCUGGUCAACAGUUGGUUAGCUACUGUGCGAACAGAGUGCUGGACUAGAUGGACCAUUGGUCUGAUCCAGCAGGGCUCUUCUUAUGUGCGUGUAUGUAUGUGGUGGGAAGGUGGGGAGGGGUUGCACAUGUGGACAAAAAUUACAAAAACUUCACAAAAUGUUUACAAGAUUUGUGGGCCGUUGUAAAUAUGGAGCACUCAAAUACUAGAUUCCUUCCUACGUCAAAUGGGAAACCUGUUAGGACACUUUUAAAUAUAGAAUAGAGAUGUAAAUCCCAGCAACAAACUGGGAAUGUCAGACUGUAAAUAAACUGUAUAGACUACAUA